UGUCUUAUUACGACAGAAAAAAGGUAUAUACUAUGUACCAAUAAAAACCCAGCAAAAUAUCGUCUCAACAAAUAUACCCAGAAAAAAAAAAAAAAAAAAAAAAAAAAAAACUGGGCAGCAAUCCAGCGAUCUCCCAUUUUCUCUGAACAUCUGGCAACUCGGUGAAGAUGCUAGAUUCCACCGAGUCAGGAAAAGGCAGCGAGUACGUGCAACUGAUUAUACCAAACGAAACCGAAAUACCCGAAGAAGAAGAUGAAGCAGCAAAUACUAAUUUAGAAUCUCCAAGAAACGAAAAAAAGUGGACUCUUAAACGGUGGAUCAAGGUCAUAGUAUGGUCUUUCAUCACCAUACUCGUUCUCUUCGUAUUCGUCAAAUGGGGCGUGCCCUUUCUUGCAGAGAAGUGUCUAUAUCCGCUAUUGGAAUGGGAGGCGACUGCAUUUGGUCCGGUGGUACUCUCGCUUGUACUAGUAGCUUCUCUCGCAUUGCUCCCGGUUAUUUUAUUACCUUCUAGUCCUUCAAUGUGGCUAGCUGGCAUGAUUUUCGGUUAUGGACUCGGUUUUGUCAUUAUCAUGGUCGGAAUGACCAUCGGAAUGGUCCUCCCGUACUUCAUCGGUUUACUCUUCCGUGAUCGCAUUCAUCAAUGGUUGAAGAGAUGGCCUGAAAGAGCAGACAUGAUUCGAUUGGCCGGAGAAGGAACCUGGUUCCAUCAAUUUAAAGUAGUCGCAGUUUUUCGGAUUUCUCCGUUUCCUUACACAAUAUUCAAUUACGUAAUCGUUGUCACAAGUAUGCGAUUUUGGCCCUAUUUAUGUGGCUCCGUAGCAGCUAUGGUUCCCGAAGCUCUCAUUUACAUCUACAUGGGUCGGCUAAUGAGAACAUUAGCAGACGUAAAGUACAAGAACCGGCAACUAACUACAGUGGAGAUCAUUUACAACGCCGCUUCGUGCGUUGGUGCAAUAAUAACUAUAGUUGCUUUCACCGUUUACGCAAAGAGAUUCAUAAAUGCUCUUAAGAAGGCAGAAGCCAACGGCAAAUCCCCUGCCCCCACUCACUGAAGCUUUCCUACACGAGAAACUCGGUAUUUAAGGUUGUCUUUUUUUUUUUUUUUGUCAUUAUAGGUUUGAUUAUAUAUCCAUUUUUAUAUCUCUUACUGUAAAUUAAAUGCUUUGAAUAUGGAAGUAAAAGUUAUAUGUGUAUCCGUUGUAAUUUUUUACACUUCACAAAAUAGUUCAAACGUGUGGAUUGGUGCAAAUAGCGGUGUAAAUGGGUUGAGUUGGCUCGACAGGAUUUAUCAGAACUCGAGCUUUUUUUCUAUUUGAUGAGGUCGAGCUUAUUUUUUUUA